AUGGCGCAGCAACUCCCCAACCGCGUCCAAUCGACGCUCUCGACGCUCCUCCUCCUCCUCCUUUCCCUCCUCUUCGCACCCAUCUCCUUCCUCAUCUCGCUCUUCUUCUCCCUCACCCACUCGGCAUCCCACACCGCAUCCAACAUCAACUCGAACCGAUACUCGGUCUCGCGCCAUGCCAACGGUCACGACCUGCCCACCCUCUCGCGGCGCACCGUCCUCGUCAACGGUGCGCGCAUGCAGAAGUCGCUCACCAUCUGCCGCACCUUCGCGCGCAACGGAUGGAACGUCGUGCUCGUCGAAGAGCAGGGGUGGGGCAAUCUUGCUGCUACUCGCUUCAGCAACUCUGUCACCAAGUUUCACCUCAUUCCGUCCUCGUCGCUGCCAGCGAGCUCGACGGCGGAGAAGGGCGAGCACGCUGUCACUCCCUACAUCGAAGCGCUGGUGCGGGUCGCAUUGGAGGAGAAGGUGGAUCUUUUCUUUCCUUGCUCCGGAGCCGGUAGCACCGGUGCGGAUGCGGUCGCGGCGCAGAUCCUGCAGGAGAAGACCAAGGGCAGGGUACGAAGCAUGAUCCAGACACCCGAACUCGUCGAAGCGUUGCACGAGAAGGAUCGCUUCAUCGCGCUGCUUCAGCGUCUCGACAUGGCCGCGCCACGCAGCGAGAUCGUGUUCUCGGUCGACGAAGCGAUUGCAAAGCUGCAGAGCGACGGGUACCCACGAUCGAUCCUCAAAUGCGCCGCUGAGCUGGAUGACAUCGGCCGGGCCGAUAUGACACUCUACCCGCUGCUAGACGCAAGGACAAAUCGACCGGACUGGGACAAGACUCGCCAUCGCCUUUCGAAUCUCUCCAUCCCGUUGUGCGUACGGACGCCAUAUAUAUUGCAAGAGUUCAUCGGGGAUCGACCCGCAGCACCGGGGGCAAGGGACGGCGGGAAAGCCUCGGAAUGGUGUACCCACGCAACGGUGGUCGACGGCCAACUGACCGCCUUCGUCUGCUGUCCGAGCAACGACAUGCUCAUGACGUACUAUCCGGCGUCGCAUACCAUUGUCGGCGAGCUGGCGUUGCGUUGGACGUCGACCUUCCUGUACCGGCUAGCGAAGCUGGGUGCUACCUCCAAUCGGUCCUCUGUGCCGUUGAGCCCUUUGACACGGGACACGCAGUGGAACCGCGAUACGCUGGUCGGCAAGUACGCCCCCGUCGAAGCCGGCAUUACCGGUCAAUUCAGUAUGGACUUCAUCUAUCAGCCCGCUACCGGCGAUACAGAAGCGCGACUCGUGGCGAUCGAGUGCAACCCGCGCGUUCACACCGCCAUCUGCCUGCUCGUUGGUAACCCCGCACUGGGCGAGGCGCUCGUCCCUGCCUCGCAAGCUCACUCUCUCAAAGUGACAGGUCCCUCGAUAAAGGAAGCCGAGACGAUGGACGAGCUGUCCUACCUCUCGGCCCUCUCGCUGCCGGUGAUGGAGCGUCCACCGGAGACGCAGCUGGCGACGCAGGCCGAUUUAGAUGCGCUAACCGCCCUUCCGCCGACCUGGGCAUCCAGCCGCGUCCGCUUCUACCACGCCAAGUCGCUCCUUCAGAAGGCCUAUGUGGGUGAUGCGACGCUGCCCCAGAGUUGGAUCGGGCACGAUUUGCCUGCUCGCAUCCUGCCUGCGGCGCAGCUGCUCUCGGCUGCAUGGGUGCAAUCCAUCAUGCGCCUGGUGCAUCCGCUUUGGUCCAACAGUGAGGCACCAGUCGGGCAGGUCAUCUCGAUUCCAACCACGGCCGAGGGGAAGACGGGCGUGGCGGCAUACGAUCUAGCCGCAUCGGCACCGCUCCCGCCAUUCACAGAUCCGAGCUUCGCAAAGGACGACCCGUGGCCCUUUUUCGCACUCUACCAUCUCCAAUGGCCCCAGCUGCUCCUCUGGCAGCUCGUGGUGCGUGGCAAGAAGUGGUCCCGGAUCAAUGUCUCGACUGCACGCAUCUUUGAGUGCUAG